CCCAUGAAGCCUGGUGGGGAAGUCAGCUGUAUUGCCUCAAUCUCUCUGUCUUUCCUUCAGUCACAACAAUUGAGGUUACUGGCAAAUCCGCUUCUAACCGUGUAUUAAAUUCUCAAACUGCGAUGGAGGUCGUGGUCGAAAAGCCUGUUUCGAGUCCAGUCGCGACUUUGCCCGUGGCCAACGUGGCCUCGUCGUCGACCGAAGAUCCGGAUUUAGAAGAUUUGUACACUCGUUUUAAGCAGCUUCAGCAACAAUUGGAGUUCUUGAAGGUGCAAGAAGAGUACAUCAAGGAUGAGACGCGCAAUCUCAAGAAGGAGUACUUGCACGCCCAAGAGGAGGUUAAACGGAUUCAAUCCGUGCCCUUGGUCAUCGGACAGUUUCUGGAAGCCGUGGAUCAAAACACCGGCAUCGUGGGAUCCACCACUGGAUCCAACUAUUACGUCCGAAUUCUUUCCACCUUGGACCGAGAAUUGCUGAAACCCUCGGCUUCGGUGGCGUUGCACAAGCACUCGAAUGCUUUGGUCGACGUUUUGCCCCCGGAGGCCGAUUCCUCUAUCUCCAUGUUGCAGCCCGAUGAGAAACCCGACGUGGGAUAUUCGGACAUUGGAGGCAUGGACAUGCAAAAGCAAGAGAUGAAGGAGGCUGUGGAGUUGCCACUCACGCACUUUGAUCUGUAUAAGCAGAUCGGUAUUGAUCCACCUCGAGGCGUGCUCAUGUAUGGGCCGCCCGGAUGUGGGAAAACCAUGUUGGCUAAGGCUGUGGCUCAUCAUACGACGGCCUCAUUCAUUCGGGUGGUGGGAUCCGAGUUCGUGCAGAAAUACUUGGGCGAAGGACCCCGGAUGGUCCGCGACGUUUUCCGAUUGGCCAAGGAAAAUUCCCCCGCCAUCAUUUUCAUUGACGAGAUCGACGCGAUUGCCACGAAGAGGUUCGACGCUCAAACCGGAGCGGAUCGGGAAGUUCAGCGAAUCUUGCUGGAGCUCUUGAAUCAGAUGGACGGUUUCGACCAAACCACCAACGUUAAGGUCAUUAUGGCCACCAACCGUCAGGACACGUUGGAUCCGGCUCUGUUGCGUCCAGGACGUUUGGAUCGAAAGAUUGAAUUUCCCCUACCGGAUCGCCGUCAAAAGCGGUUGAUCUUUUCUACGAUCACUUCCAAAAUGAAUUUAUCCGACGAAGUGGAUCUGGAAGACUACGUGGCUCGCCCUGACAAGAUUUCUGGAGCUGACAUCAACGCCAUUUGCCAAGAGGCCGGCAUGCAGGCAGUGCGAGAGAAUCGGUACAUCGUUCUGCCCAAAGACUUUGAAAAGGGAUACAAGAAUAACAUUAAAAAGGACGAGACGGAACACGAGUUCUACAAAUGAGAAGACUCCUUUUAAUGUCCAUUGUUUGAAUGAUUAAUACAAAAAUUGCCCCCUA